AUGUUUCCAUUUCUUGGUAAAACGACUCCUCCCAAAGUUAAUAUUAAGUCGGUUGAUAUUAAACCGACUAGACCCGAAUCAGAGCUAGUGCAAUUAUUAAAACAGCGGAAGCCACAAGUGAUACCAGCCCCAAACAAACCUAUCACGGUUGCUAUAAUUGGAGCCGGAGCAAGAGGAGGAGGUUACGCGCAUUAUGCUUUGGAGAAUCGUGAAUGGAUGCAAGUGGUCGCGGUAGCUGAGCCCGUACAGGCUCGUAGAGAGCGCCUGGCGCAGACGCAUAAAAUUCCCAAAGAACACGUCUUCAACGAUUGGAGAGAGUUGGCAGAGCUCCCAAAAUUUUGUGAUGCCGUUUUUAUUGCCACUCUGGAUAGUCAGCAUUAUGAACCAGCUAUCGCCUUUGCAAAUUUGAAAUAUCAUAUCCUUCUUGAAAAACCAAUGGCACCUACUCUGCAAGAAUGUUAUCGAAUCACUCAAGCUGCUUUGAACAAUCAAGUUGUAUUCGCUAUCGGGCAUGUCCUGAGAUAUACGGCACAUAAUAAAAUUAUAAAACAAAUAAUCGAUUACGGCGUAUUAGGAGAUAUCAUCAAUAUUCAACAUUUGGAGCCAGUUGGGUUUUGGCAUUUUGCACACUCGUACGUUAGGGGCAACUGGAGGAAGGAGAGCGAGUCCUGUUUCUCAUUAAUGACAAAGUCAUGUCAUGAUAUUGAUCUAAUUGCUCAGUGGAUGGAUUCUCCGUGUGUGCGAAUAAGCUCUUUUGGCAAUCUCUCUCACUUUAAACGAGAAAAAAAACCCGCCGAAGCUGGAACCGCAACUCGAUGUCUAGAUUGCGCAUAUGAAGAGAAAUGUCAUUAUUCAGCGAAAUCCAUCUACUUGGAACCUGCAAAGCGCGGUCAAAAAAUGUGGCCGAUUUCGGUUCUUGUUGACGUUGUUGACAUUGAAAGUGUGCAUGAAGCGCUUCGUUCUGGUCCAUAUGGCCGCUGCGUUUACGAAUGUGAUAAUGAUGUGGUUGAUCAUCAGGUUGUUAACAUGGAAUUUGCCAAUGGCGCAACUGCAUCUUGUACUAUGGUUGCAUAUACAGAGGCUGUAUGCGUUCGAAGUACCAAAAUAUUCGGCACUAAAGGCCAACUCGAAUGUGAUGGUAUGGAUAGCAUUCAGUUUUCUGAUUUCGUAACCGGUACUCGCGAAAUCUUAAAGCCAAGCACAAUCACUGGAAUGUACGAUAUGCGAGGACACGGUGGAGGUGAUUUUGCACUAGUUGAGGCUUUUCUCAAAGAGAUCGCGACAGAAUCUUCCCGAAAUGGUGCCUCUGACGCCUUCAAUUCGCAUCUGUAUGUAUUUGCUGCUGAGCAAGCAAGAAGGACAGGAACAGUAGUGAAUAUUGAAAACUUCAAGCAACAGAAUCAAAUUAAUAGUAUUUAA